AGAUGUCGGAAACCGGGAACCGACUCCGGAAACUGCUCGAAUCUCCGAAUUUCGAGCCUCAGUCUUACGUCAAGCAGCUGUCACAGCAGUCCGAUGGCGACAGAGAUUUGCAAGAACAUCGUCAGAAGAUCCAAAAUCUGGCUGACGAGACGGCCCAGAACCUGAAGAAGAACGUGUACAAGAACUACAGGCAGUUCAUCGAAACGGCAAAGGAGAUCUCCUACCUGGAGAGUGAGAUGUACCAGCUGAGCCACAUCCUGACCGAGCAGAAGAGCAUCAUGGAGAGCAUCACCCAGGCCUUACUGUCCACGGACAAGGAUGAGACCUCCAAGGAGAUGCAGGCAGCUUUCCCCAAAGAGACAGAAGAGCUGAAGCAGAGGACUCUCACCUCACUGCUGGAGAAGGUUGAAGGAGCUGAAAACAUCAUGGACACCCCAGGGAGACACCUGGUCUACAAUGGAGACCUUGUGGAGUUUGAUGUGGACAACAUGGCCCACAUCCAGAAGGUGCAUGCUUUCCUGAUGAAUGACUGCCUGUUGAUUGCCACCUGGCUGCCCAGCCGCAAAGACAAGGUGAAGUAUAAAUACCACGCCCUGUAUGAUCUGGAGAGCUUUGCAGUGGUGAACGUAAAGGACAACCCACCCAUGAAGGACAUGUUCAAGAUCCUCAUGUUCCCCGACAGCCGCAUCUUCCAGGCAGAGAACAGCAAGGUCAAGAAGGAGUGGCUGGAGAUCCUGGAUGAAACUAAGAAAAAUAAAGCCUCCAAGGACAGACACAAGAAAGAGGAGGAGGCUCCCACUUCGCCUGUCCGAGCUGAGGUGUCCACAAACCCCUUUGACAUGGAAGAUGAGCCAUCAGAGGCUGAAGAGAGCACGGCCCUCAGCCUGGAGUGGAUCCAGGAGCUGCCAGAAGAUCUGGAUGUGUGCAUCGCCCAGAGAGACUUUGAGGGUGCGGUGGACCUGCUGGACAAGCUCGGCGAGUACCUGAAAGACCAGCCGGUGACCCAGAAGGUGAAGGAGCUCCGGGCGAAGGUGGACGAACGUGUGCGACAGCUGACGGAGGUCCUGGUGUUUGAGCUGUCUCCGGAUCGGUCGCUUCGUGGGGGACCUAAAGCGACCCGGCGGGCCGUGUCCCAACUCAUCAGACUAGGUCAGUCCACCAAAGCAUGUGAGCUGUUCCUGAAGAACCGCGCUGCAGCCGUUCAGACGGCCAUACGGCAGCUUCGCAUCGAAGGAGCCACGCUGCUCUACAUCCACAAGCUCUGCAACAUUUUUUUCACCAGCUUGUUGGAGACCGCCAAGGAGUUCGAGAUGGACUUCGCGGGGAACACGGGCUGCUACUCUGCCUUCGUGGUGUGGUCCAGGUCGGCCAUGACGAUGUUUGUAGACGCCUUCAGCAAACAGGUGUUUGACAGUAAGGAGAGCCUGUCGACAGCAGCAGAGUGCGUUAAAGUGGCUAAAGAGCACUGCCAGCAGCUGACGGAGAUCGGUUUGGAUUUGACCUUCACUCUGCAGUCGCUGCUGGUCAAAGACAUCAAGGCGGCUCUGCAGAGCUACAAGGACAUCAUCAUCGAGGCCACGAAACACCGCAACUCCGAGGAGAUGUGGAGGAGGAUGAACCUCAUGACCCCCGAGGCUUUAACUAAACUCAAGGAUGAGAUGCGCGGCUGUGGCAUCAGCUUCCAGCAGUACACAGGGGACGACUGCUGGGUGAACCUGAGCUACACCAUCGUGGCCUUCACCAAGCAGAUGAUGAGCUUCCUGGAGGAAGGCCUCAAGCUCUACUUCCCUGAGCUGCACAUGGUGCUGCUGGAGAGCCUGCGGGAGAUCAUCCUGGUAGCCGUGCAGCACGUGGACUACAGCCUCCGCUGCGAGCAGGACCCAGAGAAGAAGGCCUUCGUCCUGCAGAACGCCUCCUUCCUCCACGACACCGUGCUGCCGGUGGUGGAGCGGCGCUUUGAGGAGAGCGCGGGCAAGCCGGCCAAACAGCUGCGAGACCUUAGGAAGAGCACGCGGUCGGUACGGAUCAACCCGGAGAGCACCACAUCCUUGGUCUGAGACCGACGGGAACUUCUGUGGCUCUUUAACAAACUGUGAGACUGAAACAAAGGAUGUGAAGAAACACGUUUCACAUUCCCUCCCUGUGAUUUCAGGUCCCCAGUCAGAGCUGACCACAACACUAACUACCGGUUGUUUUGAUGCUACAGGACAGGAAAUGAAUGACUCAUGGCGAACAGGCAGAAUAACAGCAGAGUAACAUGUUUUCAUAGAGAUUUGUACAUUUUCCAUCAAGAAAACGAACUAAUAGUGGCUUCUAAAGAUCAUUUUAUUUUAGUUUCAAGCAUCCUUCCUGCUGCAGACACUUUUGUCCUCAUCAGUUCUUUAUUAUUUGUCCCAUACAUACAAAGGAAUUGCUCACAAAACACUUCAAAUUAAACUAAAAUAUAUAAUAUUAAUAUCUGACAACAGCAGAUUCCAGGUUUUAUUUUCACAGUUUCCCUCACCACUAAAGUUGAUGUUUCUGCUGUUUGAAAGAUGAUUUGAUGUCUGAGCAUUUUGAUUUUUGGGAAACUACCGCUAUCACGAGCACAAAUUAAUCAAAACUGAUUAAACAAAUGUUCUGCAUCGGUCAAAUUAUGUGCAACAUAAAAUGUAAUAAAAG